AUGUCGUCGCUGGUGUCCGCGCCGUUCGCCACGGCCACCGGGGCGCGGAAGAAGGCGCGCGCGCCCGCGCCGCUGCACUCGUUCCUGCUCGCCGGCCGGCGGGGGCGGCGCGCGGCGGCGGCGACGAUACGGUGCGCCGUGGCCGGGAACGGGCUGUUCACGCAGACCAACCCGGACGUGCGCCGCGUGGUGCCGGCGGAGCGCGGCCUGCCGCGGGUCAGGGUGGUCUACGUCGUGCUGGAGGCGCAGUACCAGUCCUCGGUCACCGCGGCGGUGAUGCAGCUCAACGCCGACCCGCGCCGCGCCGCCGAGUUCGAGGUGGUGGGGUACCUGGUGGAGGAGCUGCGGGACGCGGACACGUACGCCGCCUUCUGCGACGACGUGGCCGCCGCCAACGUCUUCAUCGGCUCGCUCAUCUUCGUGGAGGAGCUGGCGCUCAAGGUGCGGGACGCCGUGGCGGCGCACCGGGACCGGAUGGACGCCGUGCUCGUCUUCCCGUCCAUGCCGGAGGUGAUGCGGCUCAACAAGCUGGGGUCCUUCAGCAUGGCGCAGCUGGGCCAGUCCAAGAGCCCCUUCUUCCAGCUCUUCAAGCGCAACAAGAAGGACUCGAGCGGCUUCGCCGACAGCAUGCUCAAGCUGGUGCGCACGCUGCCCAAGGUGCUCAAGUACCUGCCCUCCGACAAGGCGCAGGACGCGCGCCUCUACAUCCUCAGCCUCCAGUUCUGGCUCGGCGGCUCGCCGGACAACCUCCAGAACUUCCUCAAGAUGAUCGCCGUCUCCUACGUGCCGGCGCUCAAGGGCGCCGACAUCAAGUACAGCGACCCCGUGCUCUUCCUCGACACCGGCAUCUGGCACCCGCUCGCGCCCGCCAUGUUCGACGACGUCAAGGAGUACCUCAACUGGUACGGCACCCGCCGCGACGCCAACGACAGGCUCAAGAACCCCGAGGCGCCCGUCAUCGGCCUCGUCCUCCAGCGGAGCCACAUUGUCACCGGCGACGACGGCCACUACGUCGCCGUGAUCAUGGAGCUCGAGGCCAGGGGCGCCAAGGUCAUCCCCAUCUUCGCCGGCGGGCUCGACUUCUCGGGCCCCAUCGAGCGCUACCUCGUCGACCCAAUCACCAAGAAGCCGUUCGUGAACGCCGUGGUGUCGCUCACCGGGUUCGCGCUCGUCGGCGGGCCGGCCAGGCAGGACCACCCCAAGGCCAUCGCGUCGCUGAUGAAGCUCGACGUGCCCUACAUCGUCGCGCUGCCGCUCGUGUUCCAGACCACGGAGGAGUGGCUCAACAGCACCUUGGGCCUUCACCCCAUCCAGGUCGCGCUGCAGGUCGCGCUCCCGGAGCUCGACGGCGGCAUGGAGCCCAUCGUGUUCGCCGGCCGGGACCCGAGAUCAGGCAAGCCACUUCUACGGAAGUCGCAUGCAUUGCACAAGAGGGUGGAGCAGCUCUGCACCAGAGCAAUCAGAUGGGCAGAACUCAAGAGGAAAACUAAGAUGGACAAGAAACUAGCCAUCACCGUUUUCAGCUUCCCACCAGACAAGGGCAAUGUUGGCACUGCAGCAUACCUGAAUGUCUUCAGCUCCAUCUAUUCUGUCCUCAAGGACCUCAAGAAGGAUGGCUACAAUGUCGAGGGCCUUCCAGAGACACCUGAAGAACUCAUUGAGGAGGUUAUUCAUGAUAAGGAGGCCCAGUUCAACAGCCCCAACCUCAAUGUUGUUUACCGCAUGAAUGUGCGGGAGUACCAAGCACUCACCCCCUACGCCAACAUGCUGGAGGAGAACUGGGGCAAGCCACCUGGGCAUCUCAACUCUGAUGGUGAGAACCUCCUUGUCUAUGGGAAGCAGUAUGGCAACAUCUUCAUCGGAGUGCAGCCCACUUUUGGCUAUGAAGGUGACCCAAUGCGGCUUCUGUUCUCAAAGUCUGCCAGCCCUCACCAUGGGUUUGCAGCAUACUACACUUUUGUUGAGAAGAUCUUCAAGGCAGAUGCUGUUCUGCACUUUGGCACACACGGGUCCCUUGAGUUCAUGCCCGGGAAACAAGUUGGGAUGAGUGAUGCAUGCUUCCCUGAUAGUCUGAUUGGUAACAUCCCCAACAUCUACUACUAUGCAGCAAACAACCCUUCAGAGGCAACAGUGGCCAAGCGCCGAAGCUAUGCAAACACUAUAAGCUACCUGACACCACCAGCUGAGAAUGCCGGUCUGUACAAGGGGCUGAAGCAGCUGUCAGAGCUCAUCGCCUCUUACCAGUCUCUCAAGGACACGGGCCGUGGCAACCAGAUUGUGAGCUCAAUCAUCAGCACUGCAAAACAGUGUAACCUGGACAAGGAUGUUGACUUGCCCGAUGAAGGCGAGGAGCUCCCAGCCAAUGAGCGUGACCUCGUCGUCGGGAAGGUGUAUGGAAAGCUCAUGGAGAUAGAGUCACGGCUACUGCCAUGUGGUCUGCAUGUGAUAGGUGAGCCACCAACUGCCGUCGAAGCUGUGGCCACAUUGGUGAACAUAGCUGCUCUUGACCGCCCAGAGGAGAACAUAUUCUCGCUGCCCGGCAUUCUUGCUGCGACGGUGGGCAGGACCAUUGAAGAUGUCUACAGGGGUAGUGACAAGGGCAUACUGGCUGAUGUUGAACUCCUGAAGCAGAUCACUGAAGCUUCACGAGGUGCCGUAAGUGCCUUUGUUGAGAAGACCACAAACAGCAAAGGGCAAGUUGUUGAUGUUACAAACAAACUCAGUUCCAUCCUUGGCUUUAGUCUCUCAGAGCCAUGGGUGGAGUACCUGUCCCAAACCAAGUUCAUCAGGGCGGACAGAGAUAAGCUGAGGACCUUGUUUGGAUUCUUGGGAGAGUGCCUGAAGCUGAUUGUGGCAGACAAUGAGCUGGGAGCCUUGAAGACUGCCCUUGAGGGAAGCUAUGUUGAGCCAGGCCCUGGUGGUGAUCCCAUCCGUAACCCGAAGGUUCUCCCAACAGGGAAGAACAUCCAUGCUCUCGACCCGCAGUCUAUCCCGACUGCAGCUGCCAUGAAGAGUGCCAAGAUUGUUGUGGAACGUCUGCUGGAGCGGCAAAAGGCUGACAAUGGUGGCAAGUAUCCUGAGACAAUUGCACUUGUCUUGUGGGGCACCGACAACAUCAAGACCUACGGCGAGUCGCUGGCCCAGGUGAUGUGGAUGCUUGGUGUGGAGCCGGUUACUGAUGGGCUUGGCCGUGUCAACCGUGUGGAGCCCGUCAGCAUUGAGGAGCUUGGACGCCCUAGGAUUGAUGUCGUCGUCAACUGCUCGGGUGUGUUCAGAGAUCUUUUCAUCAACCAGAUGAAUCUGCUGGACCGGGCAGUAAAGAUGGUUGCUGAACUAGAUGAGCCAAUUGAGAUGAACUAUGUGCGCAAGCAUGCCCAGGAGCAGGCAGAGGAGCUCGGUGUCUCGGUAAGAGAGGCGGCAACAAGGAUCUUCUCAAAUGCAUCAGGCUCUUAUUCGUCGAAUGUGAACUUAGCAGUGGAGAAUGCAUCAUGGACAGAUGAGAAGCAGCUCCAGGACAUGUACCUGAGCCGCAAAUCUUUCGCAUUCGACAGUGAUGCUCCAGGGGUAGGCAUGCUAGAGAAACGCAAGACUUUUGAGCUUGCUCUAGCAACAGCAGAUGCCACAUUCCAAAACCUGGACUCCUCGGAGAUCUCACUGACAGAUGUCAGCCACUACUUCGACUCAGACCCGACGAAGCUGGUGCAAGGGCUGCGGAAGGAUGGGCGGGCACCUUCAUCGUACAUAGCAGACACAACCACAGCAAAUGCACAGGUGCGGACAUUGUCGGAGACGGUGCGUCUUGAUGCAAGGACAAAGCUACUGAACCCUAGGUGGUACGAGGGGAUGAUGAAGAGUGGCUAUGAGGGAGUUAGAGAGAUCGAGAAGCGGCUGACGAAUACUGUUGGAUGGAGUGCAACAUCCGGGCAGGUGGACAACUGGGUUUACGAGGAAGCAAACACCACAUUCAUCGAAGAUGAAGAGAUGAGGAAGAGGCUGAUGGACACAAAUCCCAAUUCGUUCAGGAAGCUGCUUCAAACCUUCCUAGAAGCAAAUGGCAGAGGCUACUGGGAGACAUCAGAGGAUAACUUGGAAAGGCUCAGGGAGCUCUACUCGGAGGUUGAAGACAAGAUCGAAGGAAUUGACCGGUGA